UAAAUAAAGGUUCAGUAGCACGCGUAGGUGACAAAUCGGGAGGAAGCGUCAGUUUGGCGAAAAGUACCUUCAGCCUUCUUAACACUAAUCGCACGCGCAGAAAGUUGAAAUUAUUUUUCUACCUAUAAAUAGACAUUACGGGUAUCGAGUAACCCUUGGAAAAUGGCAGAGAGCGACUGGGACACCGUGACUGUGUUGAGGAAGAAGGGGCCGACCGCUGCCCAGGCCAAAUCCAAGCAGGCGAUCACUGCUGCUCAGAGACGCGGGGAGGACAUCGAGACCACCAAGAAAUGGUCAGCAGGGCAGAACAAGCAGCAUCUGGUGACAAAGAACACAGCCAAACUGGACCGGGAGACGGAGGAGCUCCACCAUGAAAGGGUCACCCUGGAGGUGGGAAAGGUCAUCCAGAAGGGCCGCCAGGACAAAGGCAUGACCCAGAAAGAUCUGGCCACUAAAAUCAACGAGAAGCCUCAGAUCAUUGCUGACUAUGAGAGUGGAAAAGCGAUUCCCAAUAACCAGGUCAUGGGCAAGAUCGAGCGAGCAAUCGGGCUGAAGCUGCGUGGGAAAGAUAUUGGCCUACCCCUUGAGGCAAAACCCAAGAAGAAAUGAACACAAAGCCUCGAAAUCAGCCCCCCCGCCCUCCCUUCCCUGUUACAAAAUCCUGAACCCCCCUCCUACCCCACCCCUAACUCCUCCCCCUCUACCUGGGCUGAUCUCACCAGCGUCCCGCCUGAGGACCUGGUGCUCCACUGCAUUACAAGCUGCAUACUGAUUAAGUCAUACGAAAGUUUCUUGAUCACAUAAAUGAAUGAAUGCAUUUCUGAACACAGCAAACUCAAAGUCCUGUGAAAGUUCUUCUACUUUUUUUUUUUUUUUUUUUUUUUAAAUUUCAUCUGCAUUUGUUGGUUGCUUAUAUGCUUUGGCAUGAUAAAUUCAACUUUUCAAUGGUGUAAAAGCAUUUAAAAGGUGAAUUUUUCCCAUGACCAGACAGAUUAGUUCCAUUAACUCUAAGGUUAAUUUUGAGCAUGACGUUAAGCCAUUUAAUAAGUGCUUGAGUGCAUCUUUUUCACCCCCUCCCUCGACAGCGGGUGAAGGUCAUUACAAUGUUUAAAUAUCUUAAUGCUGUGCUUUGUUUUGAUCUUAAAAUAAAGUUUGGCAAUUCAUUACA